GGGAAAGUAAAAGAAAGUGAAAGUGAAUGUCUGUCAACUCAGCUGCUCGUUGACUGUCACACACCAGCUGGACUGAAAAGUUUUGUGGACUUCAGCAGUUUUAUCUUUUGCUUCGUCGUAUUCCUGAAUUCAGCGACUUGUUAUGGUGAACAGCAGGGUGGAGGCGCCCUCAGUGGCAGUGAUGGGCAGCGGCGGGGCGACAGCAGGCAGGUCGUGCGCAGGAUGCGGAGGUCGAAUCGUGGAGCGCUUCCUCCUCUUCACCAUGGAGCAGUACUGGCACACGCGCUGCCUCAAAUGCUCCUGCUGCCACGCUCAGCUGGGCGAAUACAGCAGCACCUGUUUCAGCAAAGGUGGCAUGAUCCUCUGCAGAAACGAUUACAUCAGGCUGUUUGGACACAGCGGAGCUUGCAGUGCAUGUGGACAAUCAAUCCCUGCCAGUGAAAUGGUGAUGCGGGCACAAGGAAACGUUUACCACCUCAAGUGUUUUAUUUGUGCAACUUGUCGGAAUCGCCUGGUCCCCGGUGAUCGCUUUCACUACAUCAACGGAACCAUCUUUUGUGAGCACGAUCGGCCAGGAGAUGGACUGCUCAAUGGACACGCCGCUCAACUGCAAGCUAACAGUCUGAUGUCCGACCAAAAGGUUUGCUGAGGAAGAGGAUGGAAGGAAAAAAGUGUGCCUUCUACCUGUAGCCCUCACCUCAGAAGGAGUGAAUGGGCUUUAAUCUGGAUGGUUGGACUACAAGGCAUCUUUCAAUACCUGGCAGUAAAAAGAAAAAAACUAACAUUUCAUUGCAGUGAUCACAAUGAAAUCAUCAUGCCUUGUUUUGGGUCAUAAGUACGGCGACAACACCUACAUUCUAUUUCCGAAAUGGCAGCAGUGAAACUUUUUUUGGGGAGGAAAAAUGUGUAUGUGACUGAAUUGUUUUCUUCUUCUUGAAACCAACUUAACAUACACACAUGGACUUUGGCCAAGUGUUCGUCUUAAUGGUUUGGGGUAAAGUGGUGUCUUUUCACAUUAUAAAAAACAUUCAAGCUUUAAUCUGAAUUGUAUUUCUGUUAACACCAGACACAACAAUCCAGUUUUCUGACCUUUAUCCUUUUCACUGUUGGGCAGUUUCAGUUUGAACAGAUUGCUAUGAAAAUAGAAACUGGUCCAUUACUUUUGCCCAUGUAACCAAUUCAUGCAAAAUUCAACCAAUCCCCAUGGAUUAUGCACAUCUUUCCAACGUUGUCCAUACUCAACGCAUUUUCCUUGCACAGUUUGGCCAAUCAUUGUCAUUUUCACUAGGGAUGUUC